AUGGACAUGGAAACUGACCAGGCCACCGGCAGCAGCAACUCCAGCGACCAGACCGCCGUACCGAGCAACUUGGAGGAAGCAUCAAUGCAAACCAUCACCAACAAUCCAUCAUACGACUCGCGUCCGCAAACCUCCUACUCCGACACGGGCUUCACUCGACCUUUCUCCACAUCCUCCGACUCCAACACACCCGACAAUCUCCACAAUGGCAACGGCCUGAGCAGACCGGCGUCAACACAGGGCCUAGAUCAGCGGCAAAAGGGCGCGGAGAAGAAUGCAUCGGUGGUGAUCAAGGUGGGCAUGGUCGGUGACGCACAGAUUGGCAAGACGAGCUUGAUGGUCAAAUAUGUCGAGGGCAGCUGGGAUGAGGAUUACAUCCAAACGUUGGGCGUGAAUUUCAUGGAAAAGACCAUCAGCAUCCGGAAUACUGAAAUUACCUUUUCCAUUUGGGAUCUCGGUGGCCAGCGCGAAUUCGUUAACAUGCUACCCCUGGUAUGCAACGAUGCCGUUGCUAUCCUCUUCAUGUUCGAUCUUACACGCAAAUCCACCCUCAACAGCAUCAAAGAGUGGUACCGCCAGGGCCGCGGCUUCAACAAGACUGCCAUCCCUUUCUUGGUGGGAACAAAGUAUGACCACUUUGUGAACUUUCCACGAGAAGAGCAAGAGGAGAUUUCAUUACAGGCUAAGCGCUUUGCAAAGGCAAUGAAGGCUAGUCUGAUCUUCUCGAGUACCAGUCACAGCAUCAAUGUGCAGAAGAUUUUCAAAAUCGUCCUGUCAAAAGCAUUUGAUCUAAGGUGUACGAUACCCGAGAUAGAGCACGUGGGCGAGCCGCUACUCUUGUAUCAAGCCGUUUGA